AUGAAGAUUAAGCUUGUAUUUGUUGGUCCUAGUAAUGCUGGCAAGACUUCCAUUAUAAACAGAUUUGUCUAUAAUGAAUUUUCAGUUCAUAUCCUUCCAAGUACACAGCCAGCUUUUUGCCAGAAAGUCAUAAAAGUUAAUAAUCAAAAUAUUCAACUUGAAAUUUGGGAUACUGCUGGCCAAGAAAGGUACCAUUCACUUUCUCCACUUUUCUAUCGAGAUGCUGAUAUCGGAAUUGUGACAUUUGAUCUCACUUCCACAGAUUCUUUUGAAACUGCAAGACAAUGGAUCGACGAACUUCAUCAAAAUCGUGGCGAUGGAAUCAUAAUUGGGUUAGCAGGAAAUAAAAGAGAUUUAGCAGAUCAAAGACAAAUUAGUUUUGCUCAGAUGCAUAAAUUUGCCCAAGAUACAAAUGUAGUUGCUGUAGAAACAAGCGCUCAAAGCGGAGAGAACAUCAACUAUAUGUUCGAUGUUUUACUCAAACAAUUUAUAGAUAGUGGUAAUACACCAAGCAAAGGCAAUGAUACCCCAGUUCCAGAUGAAAAAUCAGGCUGCUUUUGUUAG